AUAAUCCACGUCAGAGUCGCAAAGCCAUACGAUUAUCAAACAGCUGCUCAGCUGUUCAGAAUUUUUUACCAUUAAAUGGUAACUGAAAAAUGCUGAAAAACUUGUUGAGAUUGAGGCCCGGCACUUACAUAAAUGCCAUAUCAGCUCGAAGACUUGCACUCUCGGAGAAAAGUGGUGAAAAUCCUCCAAAGAAACAUGUGAACCCCUUUUCUCAGGCCACUCCGGCUUCCUCCCCUGUCGCAGAAUAUGGUUCAAGCGAAACUACGGAGGAACGUGAGAAAAGGCUGAAAGUUCUCCAACUCGAAGCAGACAUCGCUCAUCAGGAGGGUCGCCGUGUGCCAGCAGUGGACUUUUUCAAAGACCACCAUUGGCAGUAUAUCCUCACACUGCCCACCAAAUCGUCGCGCAUUAAAUAUUAUGCCUAUCUGUGGCAAAUCGAAAUGAAAAGAGAGUCGGAAAAACGAAAAAAAGAACAGCGAGCCGUGGAUACGGAACGUCGGCUGGUGGAAGUCCGCAAGGAGCGUGCCGAGAACAAUCAUAUUAUAUAUGGCCUGGCCCACACAUCGAUGUUUUUGCGGAUCUACGACACAACCAUCAAUCACUGGCAAAAUAAUCGCCUAACUCGAGCCAUGCAGUUUGCUCCUAAAAUGGUUUUAGACUGCUCCUACGACCAGCACAUGACCAUUAGAGAAGCUUCCUAUGCGGCCAAACAGUUGAUGCUCAGCUUCGCCGAAAACCGUUCGAAUGACGAGCCCUUCGAUCUGCAUUACUGCAAUGCCGACCUAGGAGGCAAGUGCAUGGAAAGUUUGAAGCGCUAUAUACCAACCAUGCUGAAUCCUGAGUUUCCAAUGAAUGUGCAUACUAAGUGUUUUACCGAGUUGUUUCCGAAAGAACAGUUAGUCUACUUAACACCGCAUUGUCGAGAGGAUUUAGUGAAAUAUAAUCCAGAUGAUAUUUACAUUGUGGGAGCAAUGGUGGACACUGUGAACAAUGAGCCCUUGUCUUUAGCGAAGGCAAAGCGAUUAGGAUUGCGUAUGGCACGCUUGCCUCUGGAUCGUUACCUGCAGUGGGGAUCGGGCUCGGGGAAAUCUCUGACUCUCAACCAAAUGAUCAACAUUAUGUUGGAUAUGAAGAAGACUGGGGACUGGGACACGGCUCUAAAGCACGUGCCGCGUCGAAAGAUAGUGGACUCGAACCAACAGACGGAGCAGGAACGGAAUCGCCGAGCAUUGGGCACACGAGCAAGUAAAUUGAAUGUCAGAAUCGAUCACUUGCUGGGCUUUGAGCAAGAACGUCGGCAGGCGACAGCCUUUGCUACACCCAACAAAAAGCCAAUUCGUGAUCACAAGGAUGGAUUAGAGUUCCAAUUGGACAAGUGGGCGACGGGUAAACAAAAGAAAAAGCAAAGUCAAAAUUAAAACUGGUUUAUAAUUACAAAUAAACUCCAAAUUUAUGAAAUACAAA